AUGGCUGAACGGCGCAUGCCUUUUAACGUGUCUGAACUCAAGGAGGUCGCUGCGAAAGCACUCAACAAACCUGUUGAAGACAUCAAGAUGCUGAGAAAGAUUGCUGAAGGUGGCUUCAAUCGUAUCCUGGAGGUGACAAUGAAUGAUGGCGCAUCGAUACUCGCACGUCUUCCUUGCCCGUUAACCGUACCACGACGAUUAGCAGUAGCAAGUGAAGUCGCGGCACUAGACCUCCUUCGUGCGAACGGAAUACCUGUACCUCAGGUUCUAGCUUACUCGACUGGUAAGAACGCUAUUUCCGCAGAGUACAUGUUAAUGGAGAAGAUGACAGGAAAGCCGCUUAGUUGUGUAUGGGUUCACUUGACCGAUGAUGAGAGAUUCAAGAUCUUGCAUCAAAUAGUCACCAUGGAAGCAAAGCUGUUCGCUAUGGAGUUGCCAGCCAGUGGCAGCAUAUACUACUCUUAUGACUUACCUCCGACAAUGCCUCGCAUCGAUAUACCUGGAUUUGACAACGGCUUGUGCAUUGGUCCAUAUGCACACUCAGUGUGGCGGUACGGCGAACGCAAAGAUCUGGAAAUCGACCGUGGUCCUCAUACUAAUCCUCGGCUCGUCCUUCGGAGUUUCGCGGACAAGGAGCUAGCCUGGAUUCAUGCUCACGGUCGACCGCGCUACCCGUUUGAUCGUGAAUACAUGGACUCAUUCGAUCACAGGAAGCAAGAUCCUCAAGAACAUGCUAGUUCGCUAAGAGACUAUUUGAGUCUUAUACCUUACCUUGUACCCGCAGACUCAGCAGCACACACUCCGACACUUCGACAUCCCGACCUCAGCCCCAACAAUAUCUUGACAACCGACGAUCUCAUUAUAGCUGGCUUCAUCGACUGGCAACACGCCAUGGUUCUCCCUGCUUGGCUGACCGCCGGCAUACCACCAGCCUUUAAAAACUACGCGGACGAGGGCUCACGUGGUCUUCAAAUCCCAAAACUCCCGGAUGACCUUCAGUCUAUGGACAAAACCUUACGCGCCAAGCAUUGGCAGGCUUACAUGGGGCACGACGGAGCUUUCAUAACGCGUAACAUGUUCCUCCAGGCUGGUAUGAUUUGGCAAGGCAAUAAUGCGCAUCUCCAGAUUGACCUUUCACAGGUUGUUCGCAAUUGGUCAGUCUUUGCAGCAUCCACCGCCGACGGCAGUAUACCGACAUGCCCAGUUGUCAUCGAAGAACAGGAGAUGCAGAGAAGGGAAAACCUCAGAAUUUCGCUCAAGGAGGGUGAUGUGUUUAGGAAAAACAUGUCGGAGAUGAUGGGCGUUUUAUCUGACGGAUCUAUAUCGCACGAAAACUUCUAUGUGGCGAAAGAAAGGGAGAGUAUGAUCAGGGAAGGUGUUGGAACUAAACUCAAAGACGAUCUAUUGGAAGCGGAGAGAGUGCUCCUGGCUUGGCCUUUUCAUGACUUUGACGAGGAUGAGUAG